AUGAACUCUGUGGAUUUUGUCAAGGGCCUCCGCAUCAAUGUUGAACACACGGCGAAACACGUCACCAGCAAACUCAAGUGCCUCCCGUGCUUGGGUGCCGCUAGCCGUGGUGGUCACCAAGAAAAUGAUGGCAAACAAGGAUGCAUCUCUGGCGUACGCUUGUGUGGCAGGCGCGGCGUCAGCUCCUCGCCACCGAUGCCCGCCAACAAGGUUGAUGGCAGAUGCAUGCCCAAGGUCAUCUCAAGUGCUCGCAACACUGCCCACACUUCCGGUAAACACUUUCCUUGCUGCUCUACCAUAUCUGCCCACGGUGAUGAUGCUCUAGAAACAUCAGACUUGAUGUUUGAUAGGGUACAGAUGUCCAAAACAAUGAUGGACAUGGUAGUGCAGCUGAAGGAAGUAUGUGCUAAGGUCUCCACAAUUCUUAAUCUUGAUUUAUUGGGCUCUAGCCGUACCCUUACCAAAGAAAUUGCUAUGAACAGAUCCAAAACCACAUCCGAUAUUAUAGAACCUAAGAUAUACCAGGGGAGGGAUGACCAAAAGAUGAAAAUUGUAGAGGGCAUUGUUACUGGCGACUACUGUCCCAAUCAACUUAACGUGCUUCCAAUUUUUGGACCGGUUGGUAUUGGAAAAACAACUUUGACACAACACAUAUGGGAAGAAGUGAAUAGCUAUUUCCAAGCUUCAGUUUGGGUUUGUGUCUGUUUCAAUUUCAGUGCAGAUAGGUUGGCACAAGAGAUAGUCAACAAAAUCGAUAAAGUUAAUGAUGAAAAGAAUAAUGCUAGUGCUGAAGAACUUAUCCAACAAAGAUUAAAAUCUAAGAGAUUCUUACUCGUCUUGGAUGAUGUCUGGACACAUCAUGAGGAUGAGUGGAGAAAACUAAUAUUAACAUUCGAGAAGGUAGAGUCCAACGGUAAUUUGAUUAUAGUCACAACUCGAAUACCGAAGAUAGCAGAAAUGGUUAGCAAUACCGAUUAUGAAGUAAAUCUGGAAAGGCUAAAUGAUAUAGAUACCAUGCGUUUAUUCGAAGAAUGUGUAUUUGGCAACGCGAAACAACCAUGGGAAGAACAUCCUGAAUUACUUAAAACUGGUCGUGGAAUAGUGCGCCAUUUGAAAGGUUUCCCUCUUGCAACUAAAAUUGUAGGUAGAUUACUAAGAAACCAACUUACUUUGGAGCACUGGAAAAGUGUUCUAGAAAGCAAAGAAUGGGAACUGCAAACUGGUGAGAGUGACAUCUUGCCAGCCCUCAAACUUACCUAUGUUUAUCUUCCUUACCAUCUAAAACAAUUGUUUCUACAUUAUGCUUUGUUCCCUAAAGAUUAUGAAUAUGAUAGUAAGGAGAUAGUUCAAUUGUGGAUAGGACUAGGUCUUUUGCAUCCAUGUGAUGAGGAUAAAAUGAUAGAAGAUGUUGGACUAGACCAUUUGCAUGAGUUGGUCAAUUACAGGUUUUUCAAGAAAAACAAAGAAAAAGAUGGUCGUUGUUGUUAUGUUAUUCAUGAUCUAUUGCAUGAAUUGGCCACCAAGGUUUCGUCAUAUGAAUGUGUUAGAAUAUCUAGUUCUAAUGUCAAGUCCAUAGGCAUCUCCCCAUAUGUACGUCAUUUAUCCAUAAUUGUAGAUGAUACAGAUGUUAAUGAUAAAACAACUUUCGACUACUAUACAAAGCAUUUGAGUGCAUUAGGUGAAAGAUUAAAAGCUGAAAACCUACGUACUCUGAUGUUGUUUGGAAAAUACCAUGGAAGCUUCGCCAAGACCUUUGGUGAUCUUUUUAGAAAAGCUAAAGGCCUUCGCACUAUUUUUUUAUCUGGAGCAUCAUACCCUAUAGAGGACAUCCUGCAUAGCUUUUCAAAAAAUAUUCAUCUUCGUUACCUAAGGAUCGAGCCAAGCAAUAUGAGACACAACAUCGAAUUACCGAGUAAGUUGUUCAGAUUUUAUCAUUUAGAGAUAAUAAAUCUAGAAAAAUGGAAGUACCCUGUUUCAAUAAGACAUAUCACCAACCUUGUAAAGCUGCGACAUUUUCUUGUGCCAGAGAAUAUGCCUCAAGUUUUUUUUAAAACGAGGCAAAAGACUUGCCAUUUUCAUUAA